AUGGAGAAGGCAAAGAAAGCUAUUCAAGCUCAGGAGAUGGCCGACGAGCAAGCCGAGUCUCUCGCAGCAGCCAAGGCAGCAGAGGCAAAGGCAGCGGAAAAGCGUGCAAGGAAAGCUAAGCAAGCCGCCGAUGCAACGGUGGCGGAAGCAGAAAAGCAAGCCAAAGCCGCUAAAGCGGAACUACUGCGACGGGCUCAAGAAGCCGAGUCUCUCGCAACAGCCAAGGCAGCAGAGGCAGAGGCAGCGGAAAAGCGAGCAAAGGAAGCGGAGAAACAGAUGGUUGAUUCCAACACUGCUGCGAAUCCCCAAUCAAAACGAAUUGUGUGGGAAUGUAAAGUGGAAGGCGUAUGGAUUCCGUACUCAUUGGAUGUAACUGCUGCUCUUGAGUCGAGUUUCUCAAAUGGAAUGAAGGCUGCUUUUGCAAUGCACAGUGGGAACUACGAAGUUGACUUUUCCACGAUGCGGCAGCGGAACGUUGCAACGAGCUUUGAGCGAGAAGUACGCCGGGGAGAACUAGAAAGAGAUGGACGCACUCCACGGAUAUCGUGGGAGUGCAAGAUUGAUGGCGGUUGGAUUCAGUACCCAGUUGACGUUGCACAAAUCUUGCAAACCAACUAUGAGAAAAAAUCGAAGGCGAGAUUCCACCUCAACAAUAGUCAAUAUGAGAUUGACUUCCAGGUGGACAAGUUGGAGCAAGUGAAUACCAUAUCUGGCUUCAAACGUCGGGUUCGCCGUUCUGUGGACUCCACAGCGACCGAAGCUCCCAGUACGAGAAAUGUUCCGAAAACUUGGGCGAAGAACGCCACUGGUCAAAACUGCGAGUUGGUCCCGGUAUUAGAAAGUUCAGAUGAAUGGCGAAACGUUGAAGAGGAGCUGACUGCAACGCUCCCACAAGCCAAGCUGUACCAAGUCUUGCGGGUCCAGAACGAGAUGCUCUGGGAGUACUUUUGUUUUAGGAAGGAUAGAGCGACGAAGCUAUCUGGAGGAGGGGACCCCAACGUUGUCCGAGUCUGGCACGGUACUCGCCAGACUGACCCCCAGGUCAUCUGCAAGGACAAAGCCGACGGUUUCAUGAUGCAGCACAGCCGAUGCGGAAUGUGGGGAAAAGGCAUCUAUUUCGCCGCAAGGGCUAGUUACAGCCACGACUAUGCGCGAGAAGAGAGUCGCGUGGUGGAGAACACGGGCUUUCUUUCGCGCUUUUUCAAUCAAAGGAAACUGACAGUUCGGACCCUGAUUCUGGCCAAGUUGGUUGCCGGUGAAGAAGUUGCACUCCAACCAGACAACUCCCUUCGUCUCUGCCCAGAAAAACGCGGUGGGAACGGAAGGUAUGACACCGUCACAGGUACCACCAAUGGCAGCAAGGUGUACGUAGUCUAUGAAAAUGGUCGAGCUUAUCCCGAGUAUCUUGUGACGUACACGAGCUGA